AUGUAUUGGCAUUCAAACCUGCAGUGAUGAAUACGACACUAACGAAUGAAACGUCAUCAAAAUCAGAACAUCAAAAUUUGCAAGAUCAAGUCUGGUUCAGUGUCAUCAGAUACAUGUUGUUUGGUGCAGCUUUCAUUAUCAGUAUAUGUGGCAACACUCUAUGUGCUUAUAUCAUCUCAAGUCGAAUUAGAAUGAAAAGUGUUACAAAUCUAUUCAUUCUAAACCUAGCUAUUGGAGAUCUGAUCUAUACUUUCUCGAUACCGUUUGAUUUGACAAUUAUCGAAAAUGACCAAAAGUGGAUGUUUCAUCCCUACUUCUGUAAUAUUUUGUCUCCAAUUCAAACUAUGUCCAUGUCGUCGUCGCUUCUCACGUUAACAAUAUUGAGUUUAACCAGAUACUGGGCAAUAAUCCACCCUUUGAAGAAACAAAUUGAAGAAACUACUGCAAAAUUUAUCAUUGUCUUUAUUUGGGUACUUUCUGCACUAACAGUUCUACCCCAAGGUUUAUAUCAAACAGUUAAUGAUGAAGGUAUAUGUGGUGAAGAAUGGGAGAGUCCACAAGAAAGAAAAGUAUAUACCGCCAUCUUAUUUGGCGUACAGUAUGUGAUACCUCUAACAAUCAUGAUAAUAGCGUAUGGACGUAUUGGAGUAGAACUGUCGAAACCAUCUCCUGGAGAGAAUACAUUGAUUCAAGAGGAACGAGGAAAAGAAGCUAAGAAAGUAGUUUCCAUGCUUAUCACUGUAACGGCAACAUUUGCUAUCUGCACAUUACCAACUUCAGUCAUGUGGCUUUGGUUGGACUUUGGAAAUGCAGAGAACUCCUUUCCAGAUUUUUGGAACGUUUUGAAUAUCUUGUAUUUCUUUGAUUUCAUCAAUCUAGCAGCUCACCCUUUCAUAUAUGUCUAUUUCAGUAAAAACUUCAGAAGUGAAAUGAAGGCGACAUUUAAAAGAAAACGGCAUCAGACAGGACAAAACGGAACUAUCUCUCAUUUAGCAAAACAUACAUUUACAGCAACCAACGUGUGA